AUGAAGGAGAAGGAGGAGAAGGAGAAGGAGAAGAAGAGGAAGAAGGAGGAGGAGAAGGAGGAGAAGGAGAAGAAGAAGGAGAAGAAGAGGAAGAAGGAGGAGAAGGAGAAGGAGGAGAAGGAGAAGAAGAGGAAGAAGGAGGAGAAGGAGAAGGAGGAGAAGGAGAAGAAGAAGAAGAGCUCUAGGGCUCUCCGUGGUUAUGCAGUCAGAUAG